AUGCUGCAGUUAAGUUACGAAGAGCUACAUUUUAUGGCUGUGCUUAUUGAAAGACGAUAUAAAACAAUCAUUUUCGAGGCGACAUUUUUCUCAGCAAGGAUUCCUAACUAUCCAAAAUCCAUGGGCAGUGAUAUAUUACAGAUAACAGAUGGCAAAGAACAAAAUACAAUUCCAUCAACAGAUUUAAUGCCACACUUACGAUCUCACUUGGAAGCGAACUUUAUUUUUUUCUCUUUAAAAUUAAUCCUAAACCAUAAUCCACCUCAAGAGUUCAUAGAGAAAGUACAAUUUUUCGAAUACUUCGCUUUGAUCCUGUCGUUGUUUCCUAAUCAACAAUUGAUUUUACAUCUUAAGUUGCAACGUCCAGACGAGUUGCGUAUCUUAAAAAAGGAUUUAAGUUUUACCUGGACUGCGGAUCACAUACGGAUAUUAGAUAGCUAUGAAAACUUAAGAAAUAUACUCUACGUGCAAAAAGCUCAGAAAGGAAUGGAGCAAGUUCAAUAUUCAAGUAAUAUCGUUGUCUUAUGCAAUAAUACUUUGACCUUGAAAGUCGAUGAGCCUUUGACGGUAUAUCGUUCAAUUGCAAUAAGUACAGAACAUGAGCAAGAAGAAUUCAAUUUUCAAAGCAAUUAA